AUGGGUCAGUGUUUAAGCCUGUUCAAGUCGGAAACCUCUUCCGAAGAGGGAAUCGAGAUGGUGCCUAUUAUCAAAUUUCCGAUUGUGCCUCCCCCUCCACGUCCUCCUCAACACGUUGUCUACCCACCUAGUAUGGCCGAGUUGAUAAGGGUCCCCGCCGGUCGGCUGCCUCUCAUUCCAGACGACGACUACGUGCUUGUCGAGUACACACGUGCUGCAAGAGAAAUCUUUGCCAACGCUAAUCGUCUUACUGAAAAGCUGAAUAAGCUUGAGGAAUGUCACAAAGAAAGCAACAAUGAAAUCGGCAACGCCUUCACCAUCCUCUGCAUAUUUAUCGAUCGUCUCGCUAAACACUACGAAGACUUCCUCCGUCUGUCAGCAUUCAACGUGGAUCAGUUCGCGCAGAGUCGAAAAGACAUGGCUUCAGAAGGGUACAAGGCGUUGUACGUUAUGAAGAAGGAGGUGGAAGUGUUGCUGAAGAAAAAGAAGCCAUGGUUCAAUGAAAUUAGAAGGAAGAUCAAAUCACAGAUCAAACAUGGAAAUGGAUUGUGGGAACAUGUUCAGAAAGCGAAGUUUCGAGUGGCUAUUGAGUAG